UCAGUGAACAGAAGGUGCUUCUGCAUGCGCUGUCAGUGUACGGCUCUGCUGCAAGGGAUUGCGCGCUCCUUCGCUUCCCACAUUUACCGCCCCUGCCUGCCGACCAGCACCAGCCCUCAUUCAGCCGGCUGGGAAAACACCCGGAGAAAGUGCAUGACAACUGGAAGCCACGAGGGAUGCAAGCGGCUUUUUAACGGAGAUCAGCCACUGAGAUGACAAGGAAUACUGUUACACAAGACAACAGUGAACAGGGUUCACCUCUUUAAAACCUGUUUUCUUUUUUCUUCCUGCCUUCGUCACUGAAAGCAUGAUUACCCGCUUGAAUGGAUUGAAACCUUACAAGGCAGUGACUGCUCCCAGAGAUGGACGAUAAUAUCUGUUGACAGAUCGUCUGAAACUUAAACAGGAAGGGGAGGAGAAAAGAGCAAGGCAGAUAUUUAAAAAGAUUUUUCCUUGGUCAUUUUUUUUUCUCCUACUGGUUGUCUCUUCUUCCCUCUGAUCAUUGCAGCAGAGGACUGCGGAGGAGCCAAAGAGACAGAGCUCAUGCAUGCAGACAGGGGAACUUGCACUUCCUACCAUCUAGCUGAAAGCUACUUGGAUUCGUUCUCUUUCUGGCUCUUUCACUUGAGGAGAACUAAGACAUUGUAAGCCUGCCAAGGAUCUGGUGUCCACUGAAAAGAGAGAAGGGAGGGGGGGGAGAAUUUGUACCACAGUGGGGUCUUUUUUAGAUUCGCACAUAAUUAGUGUUGGGGCACAAAGCGAGUCGCUGAAUGGAGAUUGUCAGCUUUUGGAUAGGGGUGAGUAGGAAUCUUUUCAAAUAAGAUCGAUCAAUGAGGAAACAUUUUUUUCAUCUCCUCUACUCUCCACCCACUGCUUGAUAUCUAACAUAAGCAAAGAGACUUGCCUUUUAUCUUUUUCAUUUUUGACUUAUAAAUCUAGUCACAGAUUAAUUACAAAAUCGGAACGAAGAAGAUUAUUAUUAAAUAUGAUGUGAUAAAUAUGAUGUAAUAGGUGCACAAAACAAUAUCCAGAGUGGAUCAAUGGACAUUUUCUCAGAGACAUCCCUGGAUAUUUAUGCUAAUGGAUUUCCUUUUAAUUGGACUGUACUUAAAGUGGCCACUGAAGAAGCCCCCUGGGUUGAUUCUGUGUGUAUUGGGAAUUUUUCUCAGAACGGUUCCCUUGGUGGAGGGGGUUUGUCCAAGGCUGUGCCGCUGCGACAGCAAGCUGCUGUAUUGCGAGGGGCUCAACCUCACAGACAUUCCCCGCAAUCUGAGCAGUGCCAUGGGCCUGUCCAUGAGAGAAAACAACCUGACAGAGCUGCGUGAAGGCCAAAUGGUAGGUCUGUCACAGCUCACCUGGCUCUACCUAGAUCACAACAACAUUGACAUUGUAGAGGAGGGUGCAUUUGACAGGCUAAGACGGGUCAAGGAGUUAGACCUCAGCAGCAACCGAAUUGAGAUUCUGCCAAAUGGUACCUUCAGGCCCCUCCCAAACCUACGCAUCCUGGACCUGUCGUACAACAGGCUGCAGGCACUAGAGCCUGACCUGUUCCAUGGCCUUAGAAAGCUCACCAACCUGCAUUUGCGCUACAAUGCUCUCAAGUUUGUGCCAGUGCGGAUUUUCCAAGAUUGCCGGAGCAUGCAGUUUCUGGACUUGGGAUACAACCAACUGCAGAGUCUGGCAAGAAACUCCUUCGCUGGCCUCUUCAAGUUGACUGAGUUGCAUCUUGAGCACAAUGAGCUGGUCAAGGUCAACCUUGCCCAUUUCCCUCGCCUCAUCUCUUUACGCACUCUGUACAUGCACAAUAAUCGUGCCACAGUUGUUGUCAAUACACUGGACUGGACAUGGCAUUUUCUAGAGAAGAUUGACCUGUCAGCCAAUGAAAUCGACUACAUGGAGCCACAUGUGUUUGAGAGCGCGCCCAACCUCAAGGUGUUGAUGCUGGACUCCAAUCAGUUGACCUCUGUGGACCAGCGCAUCCUGGAUUCCUGGUCAUCUCUGGACAGCAUUACCCUGGCAGGGAAUGACUGGGAGUGCAGUCGCAACGUGUGUGCCUUGGCCUCUUGGCUGAGUGCCUUCCGAGGCCAGCGUGACAAUUCCCUGCUGUGUUCAAGCCCCGACACCGCACAGGGGGAGGACGUGUUGGAUGCUGUCUAUGCUUUUCAGCUAUGUGAGAAUUCCCCAAUGGAGGUAACUACAGCAGGCCUGUACCCCUCUACAAGGGAUCUGGCCCAGGGUGGAUCUGUUUUCCUGGGCCCAUUUACUCCCAACCCUUAUGAUGGUGAGGGUAGUGAGGUGGUCACCAGUUCUUUCACUGUCACAGUGGGCCAUGAUGACCUGGAGAGCACCAUGCAGAUCCACAAGGUUGUGACUGGAACCAUGGCACUCAUCUUUUCCUUUCUCAUCAUUGUGCUCAUGCUGUAUGUGGCAUGGAAGUGCUUUCCAGCCGGAAUAAGACAACUGAGGCAAUGCUUUAGCAGCCAGCGUCGUAAGCAGAAGCAAAAGCAAAGCAUGCAGCAGAUGGCUGCAAUUUCUACGCCAGAGUACUAUGUUGACUAUAAACCUAACCACAUUGAGGGAGCUUUGGUAAUCAUCAAUGAAUAUGGCUCGUGCACUUGCCAACAGCAACCUUCUCGGGAAUGUGAGGUGUGAACCUGCUUUGUGAGUACGUCUUUACCUGUCGGUCGUCUGGAUAUACAGUAAACCCUGUUUGGAUACACUGGGGAGGGGGAUAUUGCGGGACAGAAGGAAUAUGGAUCUUUUUGGACACUUUUUACACAGCGUCUCACUGUGAUGUGGAAGAAGUGUGCUUUAUGCGGCUGACUAUUUUGUUGUGGAUUUACUGCUACUGCUAUCUACUGCUGAUUUUAGGCCGCUGGGCAUGAUGGCUACAUGACUCUUUGAACUGUUGAUAUUCUACAGAAACACAGAGAGGAAUACAUUGUGGACACUAAGGAUUUUCUUUCACGAUUUGAGCUUUAAUGUGUCUUUCUACUUCAGGACAUUUAAUUAUUGUUUAAAAAUAAACUGGGGACACACACAAGAAAAAAAAGAAAAGAUAAAAACCAUUUGUACUAUGGUAAACACAAUAUUUGACAAGCAUAUAAAAUAUACAAAAAAAAUGUUUAAGUUGGAUUACAAAUGUAAAAAUAAAACUAUGUGUAAAAUAUGUUAAAAGAAGAAGUGCAAGUGUGGAAAAAAUGAUUCAAGGUAAUCUAUUUCUUUUGUAAACUACAAAAAAUGUUUAAAUAAAUGAAUUGCUAUUCACAGUAAACUCAUUUGUAGCCUGUGAGAAGCCUGUCAGAAGGGAUGAAUGACAAUAGACGCAGUCUUUGUGCUUAUGGACUGGAGAGCCAUGUCUCUGCAGUGUGUUGAACCAAAAAAAGAAACGGGGAAAACGGGGCAGAGGGAUAUCUGCAUCUCAUCUCUAAUGUAAAAUCCAUAGUCUGAAUUUUAUAUCUCUUCUAUGUUUUAACUCUCAUAAUUGUUGUUUUAUCAUUCACUGUGUUGGCCUGCUAUCAGUGUAGUUUAUUUCCCCUUCCCAUUGCCUAUGUGCGGAUAGAAUCAAAUGAUCUACAUUUCUAUCUGGUAGCAUAUUUCCAUAUUAUUACAUCACUAUUUGUGCACCAUCCAAGUAAAGAAAGCAUUGUGUCAAAGAUCUAAAGCUAUGCCUCUCAUUGCUUCUGCCACUUUGGCUUUCACAGAGGAGUGAUGCCUCCUUUCACUGAAUCAAGCACACUAAAGGCAAUGAUCAUCAAAACCAUGCAUUUUCAAAUCAAAUUACAAUUUAAAAUUGUAUCUGAAUCAUUGAAGAAAAUUAUCCAGCAGCUUAAAGGAAGAUUUGCACAUACAAUAUUCUUCACUGUGUUUUCAUGUGAUGUAAAAUGUUUGUUCAAUACAAGGCCAUUUUGAGGUGUAUAUAUAUCCUUCUUCCUCUGGUGUUCAUUGUGUAAAUUAGUGCACUGACAGAUGUUGUGUUUCCUGGGUCCUUUGACAUGAACAGUAUGUUGUGUGAGGAGGGGGGAAGUGAGAGGGAGAUGGAGAAUCACACCGGCUGCAGAAAGAGGGAACAGACUGCUCUCUAGUGUGCAUAUUCUCAUACUGUGGCUGCAUUGUACCUAUUGAGCACCAUAUUCUGCACAUCUCCACGGCGGGGGCAACAGCAGUAUACUGAAUUUGCAGCACCUUUUGGGAAAAUAUAUCAAUGCAUCAAUUUGCCACAUUUUUGUGUUAUUUUGCGAUAAAUUAAGAUAAUGUUUACAACUUGUCAGCAGGAAUAAAAAUGUUUUAAGAACUCAA